UCUGUAGGGCCUGGGUCCAGUUGGAGGCCAGAGCCAGGCCUCUAGGGCAGAGGGCGAACGGCCCCUCCAGGAGGGAGCCAGGAGAUUACGCAGCUCCAUGUAGGUCCACGCUUAGGUUGGGAGGAUCCACUAUGAAGAAGGUCAAGAAGAAAAGGUCAGAGGCCAAACGCCACCGAGACUCCACCUCCCAGCAUGCUAGCUCCAAUUCCACCUCUCAGCAGCCUAGUCCUGAAUCCACACCACAGGAGCCUAGUCCUGAAUCCACACCACAGCAGCCUAGCCCUGAAUCCACGCCACAGCAGCCUAGCCCUGAAUCCACACCACAGCAGUCCAGCCUUGAAACCAACUCCCAGCAGCCAGCAUCCCAAGCCCUUCCAGCACCCGAAAUCCGCCGCUCCUCUCGCUGCCUGUUAUCUCCAGAUGCUAACAUGAAGGCAGCCCCUCAAUCCAGGAAAGCAGGGCCUCUGACUCGCGCCGGCCCGCAUUCCUGCUCCUGUGCCACUUGCCCCUGCAGCUCUGCUUGCUGGCGUCGUCUGGGGCUGUGCCAUAGCCGCAUCUUCGAUGUCCUUCUGCCUCGGGACUGGCAGAUGGCGCCAGGGAGAGGACUCCCCAACCUGCUCACCUUCUACAGAAAACCUUCAAGAAAACCCUCCAGUCAUCGUAACACGUGUCCUCCAAGCCCUCGGAACUGUGGCUGUGGCUCUGGGGGCUCUAGGAGCUGCCUACUACAUCACUGAAUCCUUGUGAACAAGCCCCUAGGCCCACGGUCCGGCAGAUCCAGUUUCCAUCAAAGGACCUGUCUUGUCACUAAAAUUUAAAAAAAGAAAAAAAAAAAGAAUUCUG